AUGGCAAGAAUUUUGACAACUUGCAAAAUGGUGAAAACUUUGAGAGGGGGUUUUCGUGUUUUUCAUAGGGCUGUUCAGCAUAACCAAUAUUUUUCAACAAUUGGUAUCCGAUCACUGAGUAUGAAGGCACAGACUGCCAACUUGGUGCUGGAAGAUGGAACCAAGAUGAAGGGUUUCUCAUUUGGUCAUCCAUCUUCUACUGCUGGGGAAGUUGUGUUCAAUACCGGUCUUGCUGGGUACACGGAAAGCCUGACUGACCCCAGCUACCAGGGACAGAUUCUCACCAUGGUUAAUCCAAUUCUAGGAAAUGGUGGUGUUCCAGAUACUGCAGCGUUAGAUGAAAUUGGCCUUAGUAGAUUUGUAGAAUCUGAUGGAAUCAAGGUUUCAGGCUUGCUGGUGUUGGACUACAGCAAUGAAUAUAGUCACUGGCAGGCUGUGAAGUCUCUUGGGGAAUGGCUGAAAGAGGAGAAGGUCCCAGCUCUUUAUGGUAUUGAUACCAGGCUGCUCGCUAAAAUCAUUCGAGACAAGGGAACUGUUCUAGGAAAGAUUGAAUUUGAAGGUCAGCCUGUUGAAUUUUUGGAUCCAAACAAGAAAAACUUGAUUGCUGAAGUUUCAACCAAGGAAGUCAAAGUAUAUGGCAAAGGAAAUCCAAUCAAAAUUGUCGCUGUGGAUUGUGGAUUAAAGUACAAUGCUCUUCGUUUGCUUGUCAGGAGAGGUGCUGAGGUGCAUCUGGUUCCUUGGAAUCAUGAUUUCACCAGGAUGGACUAUGAUGGGCUUCUCAUUUCUGGCGGUCCUGGUGAUCCAGCCCAGGCACACAAGCUAAUUGAGAACGUCAGGAAGGUUUUAGAGGAGGAGCGCCAGGAGCCUUUGUUUGGAAUCAGUAUGGGGAAUCUGAUCACUGGGCUAGCAGCUGGGGCUUCAUCCUACAAAAUGCCCAUGGCAAACAGAGGACAGAACCAACCAGUUGUGAAUAUGAUAAAUGGACAAGCUUUCAUUACUGCUCAGAAUCAUGGCUAUGCAAUUGAAAGCUGCUCCCUCCCUCCUGGCUGGAAGCCUCUUUUUGUGAAUGCCAACGAUCAAACAAACGAGGGUAUUAUGCAUGAGAACAAGCCAAUUUUCACUGCACAGUUCUACCCAGAAGCCAAUCCAGGGCCCACAGACACUGAGUUCUUAUUUGAUUCAUUUAUUUCACUGAUCAAGAAGGGAAAAGGCACAAGCUUUGCUUCAGUGCUACCCAAGGCCACAGCUGCAACUUCGAGAGUGGAGGUUUCCAAAGUUCUUAUCCUAGGAUCUGGUGGUUUGUCCAUUGGUCAAGCAGGAGAAUUUGAUUAUUCUGGGUCACAGGCUGUCAAGGCCAUGAAGGAAGAAAAUGUGAAAACAGUCCUGAUGAAUCCCAAUAUUGCCUCAGUUCAAACCAAUGAAGUUGGCCUAAAGCAGGCUGACACUGUUUAUUUCCUUCCAAUCACUCCAGAAUUUGUUACAGAGGUCAUUAAAGCAGAGAGACCUGAUGGGCUAAUUCUUGGGAUGGGUGGGCAGACAGCUCUCAACUGUGGAGUGGAGCUGUUCAAGCAUGGCAUUCUGCAGGAGUACGGAGUUAAGGUUCUUGGAACGUCUGUUGAAUCCAUCAUGGCCACAGAGGACAGGCAGAUGUUUUCAGACAAACUGAAUGAAAUUAAUGAGAAGAUUGCUCCUAGCUUUGCUGUGGAAUCGAUAGAAGAUGCUUUAGAGGCUGCAGAAAAGAUUGGUUAUCCUGUCAUGAUACGCUCUGCAUAUGCCUUGGGUGGACUAGGCUCGGGUUUAUGUCAUGACAAAGAUCAGCUGCUGGAUCAUGGGACCAAGGCCUUUGCAAUGACCAAUCAAGUUCUUGUGGAAAAGUCAGUGGUAGGGUGGAAAGAGAUUGAGUAUGAAGUUGUAAGAGAUGCAGCUGACAACUGUAUUACUGUCUGCAAUAUGGAAAAUGUUGAUGCGAUGGGAGUUCAUACAGGAGAUUCUAUCGUAGUAGCUCCCAGUCAAACACUCUCAAAUGAAGAGCUGCAGAUGCUGAGGGAAACAACCAUCAAAGUUGUCCGCCACUUGAACAUUGUAGGAGAGUGUAAUAUCCAGUAUGCCUUAAAUCCUACUUCUCUGGAGUAUUGCAUAAUUGAAGUUAACGCUAGGCUUUCUAGAAGCUCUGCCUUAGCAUCGAAGGCUACAGGGUACCCUUUGGCAUUUAUUGCAGCCAAAAUAGCCCUUGGGAUCCCUCUACCAGAAAUUGAGAAUGUAGUAUCUGGGAAAACAACAGCCUGUUUUGAGCCUAGCCUGGAUUACAUAGUAACCAAGAUACCUCGCUGGGACCUUGACCGCUUUCAGGGCAGCUCCAUCAAGAUUGGCAGCUCCAUGAAGAGUGUGGGGGAGGUUAUGGCCAUUGGGCGCACCUUUGAAGAAAGCUUUCAGAAGGCCUUAAGGAUGUGUCACCCCUCUGUGGAUGGCUUCACAGCAUGCCUGCCCAUGAACAAGGAAUGGCCUGCUGAUGUGGAUCUCAGGAAGGAGCUGGCUGAAGCCUCCAGCAUACGGGUCCAUGCAAUAGCCAAGGCCUUGAAUGACAACAUCUCUGUCAAUGAUAUCAGUAAACUCACAGCCAUUGAUAAAUGGUUCAUCUAUAGAAUGCAAGACAUUGUGAAAACAGAGAAGAACUUGAAAGGUUUUAAUAGUGAGUCUAUUCCAGAGGAGAGCCUGAGGAGAGCCAAAGAGAUCGGCUUCUCAGAUAAGCAGAUUGGAAAAUGCCUGGGUGUGACGGAAGCACAAAGCAGGGAACUGAGGCUUAAGAAGAACAUAACACCUUGGGUGAAGCAGAUUGACACACUGGCAGGAGAAUACCCUGCUGUAACUAAUUACCUCUAUGUCACUUAUAAUGGCCAGGAACAUGAUGUAAAAUUUGAUGACCAUGGAAUGAUGGUGCUGGGCUGUGGACCGUAUCACAUAGGGAGCAGCGUGGAGUUUGACUGGUGUGCUGUUUCAUGCAUCCGCACUUUGCGUCAGCUCUGCAAAAAGACAGUUGUGGUGAACUGUAAUCCAGAGACAGUGAGCACUGAUUUUGAUGAGUGUGACAGGCUCUAUUUUGAGGAGUUGUCAUUGGAGAGGAUCUUGGACAUCUACAAGCGGGAGGAAUGUGAUGGCUGCAUCAUUUCUGUAGGAGGGCAGAUUCCCAAUAACCUGGCUGUGCCACUGUACAGAAGUGGAGUUAAAAUUAAGGGUACCAACCCGCUGCAAAUCGACCGUGCAGAAGACCGGUCUGUGUUCUCAGCUGUUCUUGAUGAGCUGCAGGUAGCUCAGGCACCCUGGAAAGCCGUUAAUUCCUUGGAAGAUGCUGUUGAAUUUGCAAACUUGGUUGGCUACCCCUGUUUGUUAAGACCUUCCUAUGUUUUGAGUGGCUCAGCAAUGAAUGUAGUACAUACAGAAAAAGAGAUGAAGAAGUUCUUAGCAGAAGCAACCAGAGCUUUUCAGGAACAUCCCGUUGUACUAACAAAAUUUAUUGAGGGAGCUCGUGAGGUGGAAAUGGAUGCUGUUGCAAAGAAUGGAAAGGUUGUUUGCCAUGCUGUUUCGGAGCAUGUGGAGGAUGCAGGAGUUCACUCUGGAGAUGCUACCUUGAUGUUCCCUGCACAAACAAUUAGCCAAGGAGCCUUGGAAAAGGUGAAAAUUGCAACCAGUAAGAUUGCUGAUGCCUUUGCUAUUUCUGGACCAUUCAACAUUCAGUUUCUCAUCAGAGGAAACAAUGUGUUGGUGAUUGAGUGCAACCUGCGAGCUUCACGAUCUUUCCCAUUUGUGUCCAAAUCUCUUGGUCUGGAUUUCAUUGAAGUGGCCACGAAAGUGAUGACUGGGGAACAAAUCCACGAAUCUACCCUUCCUGCACUAACACACCCCAUGAUUCCUUCAGACUAUGUGGGCAUUAAGGCUCCAGUGUUUUCCUGGCCACGUCUGAGAGAUGUUGACCCUAUUCUCCGUUGUGAAAUGGCAUCCACUGGGGAGGUGGCCUGCUUUGGAGAAAACAUUCAGUCUGCCUUCCUGAAGGCAAUGCUAUCUACAGGAUUUAAGUUGCCCCAGAAGGGAAUUCUGCUUGGAAUUGAGUGUUCUUUCUGUCCAAAAUUCCUUGGCGAAGCCAAGCAGCUACAUCAUCAAGGUUUCAAGCUGUAUGCUACAGGAGAAACUGCGAACUGGCUCAGUGCCAAUGGCAUUCCAGCAUCUCCAGUGUCAUGGCCAUCCCAGGGAAAUGCAGACCCUACAUUCUUUCCUGUCAGACAGCUCAUAAAAGAUGGAAGCAUAGACUUGGUAAUUAACCUCCCCAAUAACAACACAAAGUUUGUCCAUGACAAUUACCUGAUCCGCAGGACAGCUGUUGACAGCGGAAUCUCUCUCCUCACUAAUUUGCAGGUGGCAAAGCUCUUCACUGAAGCGAUCAAGCAUUCUGGAAAACUGGACAGUAAAAGUCUCUUCCACUACAGGCAGUUCAGUGCUAGCACAGCAGCAUAG